AUGCCUCCUGUAUUCAAAGGGCUGAAGAGAAAGUCCAAAACAACACAGAAGAGGAAAGCAUCAAGCAGCAACAAGAAUGCUGAAUCAUCAAGACAAUCCGCAGGUGAAGAGGAAUCACCAAAAGUUGGUGCAAGCACUUCAUCAUCAUCAGCAGAACCACAAGAACCUCUUUCACCCGUACUCGGAUUGCAAGCUUUGAAAAAUCCCUUCCCAGCUGCUGAUCAAGCCGAUCAAAAUGAUGAAAUUUUGGAUCGUGAUUUAUUACAAACACAACAAGAUGAUCAUGAGGAUGCAGAAUUGACUCACCCACCAAGAACUAGAAAAAGAAAAAAGAAAGUUGCAUCGAGCGAUGAUGAAAACGAUCAAGAUUAUGCACCAGAAGAGGAAAAUGAGGAAGGUGAAGAAGAACAAGAUGAGUCUGCUGCAAAAACUCCAAAGCGAAAAGCAUAUCUUCCAACAACCUCUGCCUAUCGUGUUCCAGUGAUUGAAGACGAAAGUGACAGAGUCACAUCUCCACCAAGCUCGCGAAAGAGAGCCAAGAACUUUACUGCUGAUGAAGAUCGACUUGUGAAACGUGUUGUUCUUGAUAUGUAUGACGGUGUUCCCGAAGCUGUAAACAUGCAAGUUUUCGAACUGAUGUCAAGAAUAUUGGAUGGUAGAGAAGGACAAGCUAAAAGCAUAAAAAAACAUUAUUAUAGAGCAGGUGCUUAUUUACAAACUGAGACAGAAUUAAGGGAAACAGAGGAAGAAGACAAUGCAAAGUUACUUCCAUUUAAAGAUGAGAUUUUGAAGCUCAAAGAAAUUAUUGCUGAAGAAAGAGAGGUAGAAGCUCAACGUAAACGAGCAGCUCAGUUGCGUGAUAUACAUAGAUUAAGCAAUGAGAUUGACGCUUUUAAUGCAAGACAUUCUCCCAAACGAACUCCUAAAAAAUCGCCUGGAAAAACAAGUCGCUCUUCAACUCCUAGAAAAUCUCCAAAAUCAUCGACGCCCACGAGACAGCGUGCAAGCUCUUCGAGUAGCAGAGAAAAAGACGAAGAAACCAUAUAUGCCGAAAAGCUAAUUGAAAAAUUGGCAUCAGAAACACAAAAAUCAACAGAUCUCGUUGCUCAUGCUCUCUAUGCCUGCAGUGGAGAUCCAAAACUUGCUGCCCGUUUAUUGGAUGAAUCUGCAGAGCUCACAGAGAAUGAAAAAAACAGGAUAUGGACCCAAGAAGAGGAUAAAGUUCUGACCAUGAAAGGACGACCACUUAAGGCUCUUAUAGACUUGAAAGGCGAAGACCUUGUUCAAGCCAGAUUGGCGUGGUUGGAAAGUGCAGAAUAUGGAGAAGUUGAAUAUUAG